AUGGCGAGCCAGGUGCACAGAAAACCCAUACCAACCACAACCUUCCCAGGUUCUCAAGGCCAGUCGCAAGCUCAACAUCAUCCAUCACAAUCUCAUUCAAAUUCUGCAGAUAUCUACAACCAUAGUCGCUCGAGAACGACAUCUUCCAACAUCUUCCCGUCUUACCAGCCGCAACCGUACCAGCCCCAGCAGCAGUAUCCCGCAAACAUGCAGGCCAAUUCCUAUACCUCCCGCCGGACACCGUCCAAUGCCACCUUGGCGACGAUGAGCAGCGGCAAUGGCCCGGUGGGCGUCCGACGGGGCACUUCGCAGGAUCUGCGACGCUCGACAUCCAGCAGGUCCGGGAAUUCGCAGCCGGGAAGCUACGUAGCCUUGAUGCGGAAGCAGAAGGCUACGGUGUGGUGCGAUCGGGCUCAGCACGAAGACCCGCGCUUGCUCGCGCAGCAGAAGCUCGCGAAGGCGCGUGCCACCAAGGAAGUCGUGGGCGGCUCUUCUUCGACCGGCGGCAAAAUCUCGACCGGUGUAUCGGCGAGCUUGGCAGGCAGCAAAGGCGUCACGGCGAAGAUCAGACAUCACGGCAAGUCGGCUCUGGUGGGCUACAGUCCGGGGGAUCUGGUGGGCGGCGGGGUGCCGAUGCGCUUGAGUGCCAGUGAGGUUGAGAAUGGAGACAGCGACGACGACGACUCGGUGAAGGCGCUUGGCGGCCAGUACCAUCGCCGAACUGGCAGCGGGAGGAGUAGUGUCGGGAGUGGACGCAGAGGCCCUGCCUUCUCACGACCAUCGGGCCCGGGUAGCACGGGCGGGAGAUGGGGGAAUACGCCCCCGAGUGAGAGGCUAGAUUCGCUGGAGGGUGAGCAGAUGGCUCGAGAGGCGCCGGGGGCUGCCACGCGCCAGCGUUCUGGCCACUUUGAUGGGCAGAAGGACGGGACGAGAAGUGCAGGCAGCGGCAGCAGUGGGGAGAGAGCGGAUGGGUUGAGUGAGCUCACCACGGUAGACGCGGCGAGGUUGGCAAGCAACAGCUUGUUGCGGGCUACGAUUACGCGCGAGAAGAGCGUGAAGAGUCCGGAUGAGCUGAGGAGACGGGGGAGCGUGGAUGAUCGGACAAUGACGAUGAGCGCGGGCCGGCUGUACAUUGCGAAUCCGGACGCUGAUAGCGAUUGA